GGAGCGGGGCGGAGCGGGGCGCGGAGCGGAGCGGAGGGGAGCGGGGAGCGGGGAGCGGGGCGCGGAGCGGAGCCGAGCGGAGCUGUGCGAGCCCGCCCGGACCCAGCGCGCUCGGCAGCGCCUCCCGCCGCCCCGGCACCAUGUGGCAGCCGGCCACGGAGCGCCUGCAGCACUUUCAGACCAUGUUAAAGACCAAGUUGAAUGUCUUAACUCUUCGGAAGGAGCCUCUCCCGACAGUGAUCUUCCAUGAACCAGAAGCCAUUGAGCUGUGUACCACAACGCCCCUCAUGAAGACCCGGACUCACACUGGAUGCAAGGUUACGUAUUUGGGUAAGGUUUCCACAACAGGGAUGCAAUUUUUGUCAGGCUGCACAGAGAAACCAGUCAUUGAAUUAUGGAAGAAGCACACGCUCGCCAGGGAGGAUAUUUACCCAGCUAAUGCCCUUCUGGAAAUUCGCCCUUUCCAAGUCUGGCUGCAUCAUCUGGACCUCAAAGGCGAGGCAACAGUCCAUAUGGAUACCUUUCAGGUAGCACGUAUAGCCUACUGCACUGCUGACCACAACAUCAGCCCAAAUAUCUUUGCUUGGGUCUAUAGGGAGAUCAAUGAUGACUUGUCCUACCAGAUGGACUGCCAUGCUGUAGAGUGUGAGAGCAAGCUGGAGGCCAAGAAGCUGGCUCAUGCUAUGAUGGAGGCCUUUAAGAAGACUUUUCACAGCAUGAAAAGUGAUGGCCGGAUCCACAGGAAUAGCUCAUCAGAGGAAGUGUCUCAUGAAUUUGAAUCUGACGAUGGCUGACUGAACUCAUUCAUGGUUCAGCAAAGGCAGAAAUGGCCUAGGGAAUGCGAGCUGAUAGAUAAAUAAGCAACAAUUGAAAUUGGGGAAUGAAAAGACUGCCAAACACUUGGCUGACCAGCUUUUUAAAUCAAAAGAGCAAUUUGGUAUCUAAAGAUAUGCAUCAUUAAAGUAAUUAUGUUACAUUGAAAUCUGCUGCUGUUGUAAACAUGAGAAAAAAGCUUCCCUCUCUUUCCCGCCAAAUCUCUCACCCACCCAUCGCUGUCCCUUUCUCGUCUCUGUAGUUCAGGUGCAUACUGCAAAGUAGAUUCAUUCCAGUUUGUCUUACGAGACUGGUCAGGGAAUUUUAUUAGUUGCUCCUCUGGCAUUCCUUGCUGGGGGCUGAUGCUGAUGCACAAGAGCAAGUAGACCUACAGAGCCCUAAUGGUUCCUGAAGAAUCUUUCUCCAAGAUGCAUCACAAAAAUCCUUUGACCAUACGUAGGCUGAGAAAGCCGUACAUAGCCUUUUAGACUAAUGGCCUGGCAUUCUACUGUUAAUUCACAUUUCACAGAUUAAAAAAUGAAAAACGAUCCUUGUAUGUACACAUUAUAUCAUAUGCUAUCCUUUAUUUUAUUCAUUGUACCUAUUUUCUUAAUAUACCUGCUGUCACAUCUUUUACCUGGCACCAGUAGGUGCAGUUUCAGACUACAGACUGCAGGAUACCAAAAACGGGUGGGCCGAACCCCCACGGUGGCUAGGAGUGCAGUGAACCAGCACCUCUUUCUGCUCACGUUCAAGCUCUUGUUUGCUCUGUUGGAGGGCGGCCCACUGGUAAGAGUUGAGGGACACUUGGGUCUGUCAGUGUUUGAACUGUGACUCCUCACCAACCUCAGGUCUGAAGCGGUAUGAAUACGGUAACCUCGACUCCGUGUCACCAGUCUCCGUGCCACCGGGCUGUUGGGCCUGGUUUGAUGGAGCUGGCUCUGCCUGGCCAGGAAGCCAGGGCUGCAUUACUGUAAAGAUCAAAGGAAACGGCCCCGUAGGAGUCAGGUCUGAACAUUUGUUCUGGUUGAGAAGCCCAUGUUAAGAUUCUCAUACCUUUCCUUGUGCAGAGAUAUAAAGAGUCAUGCCUUUCUUAAAUGCAAAUGUUUAAUAAAACUCAAAUAAAAGGAAAAACUUGUUUCACUUGAUAUUUUUUAAGGUCAAGAGCAGAUCAAUAGUUUGCUAGUAAUGCUGCUCCUUUAUACAAUUUUGUUUGUAAUUAUGGUAAUGUUAGGGGCACUAGGGCACCUUACAGAAGCCUUAAAAGAAAGCUGAUUGAAGCGGCUAGCUCUGUGUCUGUGUUUUGUGGGUAUAUAUGUUUGUAUGUGAGUGUGUAUGUGCAAGUCCAGUGUUAAAGCAUGUAGAUUGAGCAUGGAGACAUAUUGAGGAGGGCCCAUACCUCUUGGAAAUAUGCUUGUUGCUUUACGAUGUAUGUAAACUAUUCUCCAGCAUAAAUGCAUUCAUACUUUAAUAAAAAAAAAAAAAGUUUGAG